UGGUCCAUCCUCCUGUCUCAAAGUGCUGUAAUUUUCUUCUACCACCGGAAAUUUGACUCGGGAGAGGAAUGCAGGACCCGUAGCCAGUUAUAAUUGUGAUUCAAGACACAACUUCUAUUAGCAGCAACCCAGUCAGACCAUGGCUGGCUUCAGACAAGAGGAUGUGGAGGCGUUCUAUGAUAUGGGAGAGGAGCUAGGGAGUGGACAAUUCGCCAUCGUACGGAAGUGUAAAGACAAGAGUUCUGGCUCGGAGUACGCCGCCAAGUUAAUCAAGAAGCGUCGCCUGUCGUCCAGCCGCCGGGGCGUAAGCCGCGAGGAGAUCGAGAGGGAGGUGAACAUUCUGAGAGAGAUCCAGCACAGCAACAUCAUCACGCUGCACGACAUCUUCGAGAACAAGACGGAUGUCAUCCUCAUCCUGGAGCUAGUGUCUGGAGGGGAACUAUUUGACUUCCUGGCAGAGAAGGAGUCUCUAACAGAGGAGGAGGCCACACAGUUCCUCAAACAGAUCCUGGACGGGGUCUACUAUCUACACUCCAAACGCAUCGCUCAUUUUGACCUGAAGCCAGAGAACAUCAUGCUGCUUGAUAAGAACGUCUCCAACCCCAGGAUCAAACUCAUCGACUUUGGCAUCGCUCAUCAGAUCAAAGCUGGGAAUGAGUUUAAGAAUAUCUUUGGAACGCCAGAGUUUGUUGCUCCAGAGAUAGUCAACUAUGAACCACUCGGACUGGAGGCUGACAUGUGGAGUAUUGGAGUUAUCACGUACAUUCUGUUGAGUGGUGCCUCUCCGUUCCUGGGGGAGACCAAGCAGGAGACUCUGACCAACAUCUCUGCUGUCAACUAUGACUUUGACGAGGAGUACUUCAGCAAUACCAGUGAGCUGGCCAAGGACUUCAUCAGACGCCUGCUGGUCAAGGAUCCCAAGAAGAGGAUGACCAUCGAUGACAGCCUUCAGCAUCCCUGGAUCAAGGUGAUCAAGAGGCGGAACGUGCGCCAGGAGGAGAGCGGGAAGAAGCCGGAGCGCAGGCGCCUGAAGACCACGCGUCUAAAGGAGUACACCAUCAAGUCCCACUCCUCCAUGCCCCCCAACAACACCUAUGUCAACUUCGAACGCUUCUCCCAGGUGCUGGAGGAGAUCGCUGCUGCUGAGGAGGGGCUGAGAGACCUGGAACAGAACCAGAGGUCGUGCCGGGAGGACGUGGCUGCUCUCCUGUCUAUCUACGAGGAGAAGGAGGGCUGGUACAAGGAGGAGAACCAGAGCAUCGCCAGCGACCUGGGUCACAUCCGCCAGGAGCUGCAGCGUACCCAGGCCCAGCGCAGGCAGAGUCAGGAGGAUGCCCGCGCCACCAUGCUGGCUGCUAACGCCCUCAAGAGGAAGUUUGGCCGUCUGGAGAACCGUUACGAGGUCCUGGCAGAACAGGUGGCGUCGGAGGUGCUCUGGGUGGAGGAGCUGGUCAGGGGGAUAGAGAAGGAGAAGGACAGCCUCGUCAUGCCCUGAGGCCAGCCUGGCUUCUAGUAUCACUGACCUGGUCAUGCCCUGAGUCCAGCCUGGCUUCUAGUAUCACUGACCUGGUCAUGCCCUGAGUCCAGCCUGGCUUCUAGUAUCACUGACCUGGUCAUGCCCUGAGUCCAGCCUGGCUUCUAGUAUCACUGACCUGGUCAUGCUCUGAGGCCAGCCUGGCUUCUAGUAUCACUGACCUGGUCAUGCCCUGAGUCCAGCCUGGCUUCUAGUAUCACUGACCUGGCCAUGCCCUGAGGCCAGCCUGGCUUCUAGUAUCACUGACCUGGUCAUGCCCUGAGUCCAGCCUGGCUUCUAGUAUCACUGACCUGGUCAUGCCCUGAGUCCAGCCUGGCUUCUAGUAUCACUGACCUGGUCAUGCCCUGAGUCCAGCCUGGCUUCUAGUAUCACUGACCUGGUCAUGCCCUGAGUCCAGCCUGGCUUCUAGUAUCACUGACCUGGUCAUGCCCUGAGGCCAGCCUGGCUUCUAGUAUCACUGA